GUUAAUUUAAAAAUCACAACUUGGUGAAGAUGGAUGGAAGAGAAGCACAAAUCAUGCGACAGUAACCUAGCUUUCAAAAUGUUUUGGAAGUUCAAUCUUAUGACUACCUCCCAUAUUGACACACUUCUUGAAAAGGAGGAUGUCACCUUGCGAGAACUUAUGGAUGAAGAAGAUAUUCUUCAAGAGUGCAAAUCACAGAAUACAAAAUUAAUUGAGUUUAUUAUAAAACCCGAAAAUAUGGAGGAAAUGGUGAAACUAAUCACAAUAGAACCGAUAGAUUCAGAUGACGAGAAACUCAGAUACAAAUAUCCAAAUACUGCAUGUGAGCUAUUAACAUCAGAUGUGUCGCAGAUCAACGAUGCUCUCGCAGACAGUGAAGAAUUGGUCAAAAAGCUGUAUGCUUUCCUGGAAAUGGAAAAACCACUGAAUCCCUUGUUAGCCAGUUUCUUCAGCAAAGUCAUGGGAUUACUGAUCACAAGGAAAAGUGAAAUGAUAUUUAAUUUCCUCAAAUCUCAGGAAGACUUUGUGGGGACUCUGCUAGACCAUAUAGGUACUUCUGCCAUUAUGGACCUGCUCCUCAGGCUACUGACUUGUGUUGAGUGGGUGGAGCUAAGGAAGGCAGUCAUUGAGUGGUUGAAUGAAAAACAGAUUGUUGAAAAACUGAUAGGAUGUAUAGUACCCACUCAGGAUGAAGACGUGCACUGCAAUUCAGCCCAGUCCCUGUGUGAUAUCGUUAGGCUGGGUAGGGAGCAACUCUCACAGCUCCAAGACAGGACAGAAACUGACCCUCUUCUCAACACUGUAGAACAAGAGGACAAUGUAGCCGAUCUAUUGACCAAUAUGUUAGACACGGGGAAGAAUGAAUCUGUCAUAGUAAAUGGAAUAUCUGUGAUACAAACACUAUUAGAAUUUAGGAAACACGGUCCGGAGGGCUCUACAGACCAGAUCACCUCUCUGGAUACAGACCGCUUGGCCCAAGGAGUCACUAAUGUGUUACUGGCCAUCACUCCCAGACUGAAAGAUUUCCACAGUCUUCUUACAGAACCUCCUAAGCAACGUUUUGAAACUAUGCCUACUACCAUAGGAUGUCUUGAUCCACCCCUUGGCAAUACACGUCUCCAAACAGUCAGACUUAUAGCUGCACUGGUUUUAACAAACACACAUACCGUUAAUGUAGAGUUAGCCAAUCUAGGAUUAAUUAAGGUUUUACUUGAUUUAUGUUUUCAUUAUGUUUGGAAUAACUUUUUACAUACCCAUGUCAGUCAGUGUGUUAAUACAAUUCUGUAUAAUUCUCCGGUGGAAGUGGAGGGAAAGAAAGAACAUCCAUUAUUAGCUCAGUUAUUUACUGACUGCAAUUUAUUACAAAGAAUAAUGGACAUCUGGGAGGAAAACGAGCACCAACAAAGCCAAGAUAGGGGUAGAAGACGGGGGUACAUGGGGCAUCUUACAAAAAUGGCAAAUGAUAUUGUGGCUGUGAUGGAAAAGGGGGAGAACUCUGACUUGGUCAAAGACCAGAUUGCAGAAUUACCAGAAGAGGUUAGAGAGAGGUGGGACAACUUUGUGGCUGGUGCAUUGUCAGAUGUCAACAAACGGAACACAGUAGAAUCAAUGCGCAGUCGACCUCUGACCUCCAGCAGCGAUGAUGAAGAAAGUGAUUUCAGAGACAUUCCAUUCCCUCAGGAUGCUGCCAUGCAACAGGCCUUCUCUGAUUACCAGCUGCAACAGAUGACCUCGAACUUCAUUGACCAGUUUGGUUUUAACGAAGAGGAAUUUCAGGAGCAGGAAGAAAAGGCCGACUCACCUUUUGGGGAUCGUAUUUCCAGCAUAGAUUUCAACGUACAGACUGGAGAUGACAAUAGUACAGCCGCCUCAAUGUUUGAGCAAGCCUGCAAUGAGCGAAUCCAGCAGUUUGAUGAUAAUGACAGUGAUGAGGAUAUUUGGGAAGAAAAAGAAAUCACAUUCUCACCGAAUGCUCAGCAACCAAACAGAGCCGCUAGAUUACCUGAAACAAGGGAUGACAGUGACAGUACGGACAGUGAAGAGGAGUUAGACUCCCCACGGAAAAUUGUCUCGCAGCCAAACGAAAAAAUGGAUGUUGACAAUACUGAAAGUAAGCAAAAUUGGGCAAGUUUUGAUGAUGUAGCAUCAGAAUCUGUACCCGUUGCUAUGGAUACCUCACCAUGGAGCCAAUCAUCUACCUCCGCUGAAGCUUCAUCAUCGAGCGAAAAAACGGAGAAAUGGGCAGACUUCAGUGAUAAGUUUCCUCGAGGAGAAUCCGGAGACAACUGGGCAGAUUUUAGCAAUAUUAAAGAUUUGUCAAGAACUGAUCCGGGACCCAGAAGUAGCUCACCUGUUGCUAUGGAUACCAAUGAUGUUAGUUCUAGACCUGCUGCAUACUUGGCACGCAGUGCACCAGCCGAUCUGGCCUCAGAAGUGGAGUUGAGUACGGAGGAACUUAAGACUGAGGACCUGACGGAGAAGGGCAGUGUGGUACAGGAAGAGGAAGUGUCCUCAACAUCAGACUCCUCCUCCUCCUCACAACAGACCCCUAGGUUAUCAAAUUCUUCUUCACCAGGACCACAGGCUAGUCCAGAGACAUCUGAGGAGCCGUCAUCAUCCACCCCAGCAAUUCCGGCCUCACCCCCAGCUGUUUCCUGUCCCUCCCCUCAGUACACGCCUCCUCCAGAAGGUUCCUCGAGGACUGAGGACGAGGGAAGUUCCGUGGAUGCUGCGCCCUCUUCCUCAGUAGAUCCGGUUCCUGCCCCUGCCCCCGAGGUCUCGUGUUCAUCAGAGAGCUCUGCAGAAGGACAGGAAAACAGGACUGGAGAUGGCCUCAGUGAAAACUUUGAUUUCCUGACCAGUGCCGGUCUGAUGAAACCUCCGGUUAAUCUCCAGGGGUCGGGGGACAAGGCUGUAGAAGCCAAUGGUCCAAUGUCAGAACCUGACAGCAUCAUAGAGAAUCCAUCCUCCGAAACAUUAGCUCAAGCCAAAGAAUCACCAGAAAAAAGUAAUACUGUUUUAAGUUCGUCAUCACCGACUCUUCAGAAUGGACCUGUAUGAUUUGGAAGUGUACUGUUAGAUUGGUUUUAAUUGAAUACGGUGUGAUCAAGUGUGAGCGGCAGCAUCCAUGUUGAGCCUUACAUUGCAUGGCCAGUGAUUGGAUGUAAGAGCUUGGAACAGAGAACUGGGAUUGAACAUGCGGGGGGGAAAUUUACGGGACAAGAUUUUUAUUUAUGGACACAAAGCAGUAUUUUUGGUGAUGAGAAUUUGAAUGUAUUUUUAUCAAGAGAAAAGAAAAAUAGAAAAUGAGGCCAACCCUUUCUUCCCCCUUAAAAAUUGAUGUAUAGUUGUAAAGAAGAAUCAAAUUGAUAUCAUUCUGUGGUGUUGCAGCUGAUGUAACUGGUUGUACAUAAAAAAAAAUUGUAAAGACAUAUUCCCCUGUAGAUAGCCUGCCAAAAGUCUGCCAUGGACUCUUGUAUUGAGCUGUGAUGUAUCAAGCUACUGGUCCCUGUUCUUCUGUGAUACGUAUCCCUGGUCUCUGCUGGGAGGACCCGGUCAAUGACUCGCCACUCUUUCUAUCUCUCACUUGUAACUGUCGAUAACAAAGAUUGGGGGGGGGGGGGGGGGGGGGGGGGGGGACAGUGGAGUAUUUUUAUCAUGCAGAAUGUUAUGAUACAUACAUUCAUGUAAAUGGUACCCAGCAAUAAAUUUGAUUUUAUCAAAAGGCAGAUUAUACAAAGUGCAGAAAAAGUGGACAAUUUCGCAUUAGAACUCUUUGUGUGCUGUGUAUAAAGUUCUUUGAUGAAGUCUGUGUGAUUUAAGUUUUGAUGGAACAUGUUUAUUCAGAGAGUUGAAUAUGUUUUUACUAUAAUGCUGGAAAUACUCUGUGAAGGCAAGGGGGUGGGUUGAUUAGAACAAAUUUUUUUUAAGUUUUAACACACUUUUAGACUUGUUUUUAUACCUGGAUUGUUAAUUUGAGUGUGAUGUUGCAGUCACUGAUUGGGUCCUACAAGCCUCGCCACUUCCACUCACUAUUGCUAUUCUUAAACAGGUUGGUGCUUGACAUGUGUAGCUUUGAUGGUAAUCUACUAAGUUUAAUGUAUCGGUUCUAUUCUGCAACAUUUCUGGCUUUGAUUAGCAUCACAGUCACUUCAUCCUAACAUGGACACUUUAGUUUUUGGAGUUUAAUGAUUUAUUGAGUUAUUUGUAUUCAUGUUGUCGCAUCCAUCACCCUGUAUCUUGCAAUACAGAACUACAAAUUGCUCAGAAUUUGUGGGCCAAAUGAAGAAGAAUUUUGAUAUGAUAAUUGAUGUAGGUCACAAGUAAAUUUUCUGUAUAUUUAUUGUUUAUCAAGAGACCACAUCAUUUAAAUAACAUUUGUGAUAUACUCCAUUGACAAACAUGUUAACCAGUGUGUUCAUGCACUGUGUCUGUAAGCAGACAUUCUGUGGCAUGUAUUGGGGACUUUUAUGUAAAAUUGUUGACAUUUAUAAUGAAUUUGGAUUAAUUAAAAUGUUCCACCAACAUACAGCUAUUACUUCUUUCAAUCGUCAUUUCAACCCAAAUGGACCAAAUUGAAUGUGCCAUACUGAUGGCCUUACGUAUUCUUUCGCAGUGCAUUGCAAUUUGUGUUCAAGAGAAAACACUCUUCAUAUUGUGUAAUUCGCUUUCUUUGGUAUUGUUGCAAAUUUGUUGGGUUGGUUAAGUCUUCAAAGAAUGAACUGGUAUUUUCUGAUUUUUUUUUUUGAUUUUUUUUUUUUUAGAUUUUUAUGAGCAUGUGAAUAAUUUUCUGUAAUAGAAUAUUGAAUAAAUCUGUCUGCACUUGUUAUAAUAUGUAUUGCACACACACACACACUCGCGCGCACACAAACAGUUGUAUUUGUGAAACAGAUCUAGAUAAGGAUACCAUUGUAAGAAGCGUUCUAUUGCAUUCAGCAUGGCAUCUGAUAUUGUUGAAUUGUUUUGAAUGGGUAUCCUCAGACAGUGCUGUACAUAACAAUCAAAUGUCUUUUUAUUGUACAUAGAUAUUUUUGUAUUUCAUGCUGAGAGUGUUAGUGGCCUCUGAAAGGGUUUAUUUAUUUACUUUUACUUGUUCACGCCCAACUGGAGGGGAAGUCAGUCGGCUACUGUUGUAUUGUAACAGGUAGGAGAUAUCAUAUGCAACUCUAGGCAGUAGUGUUUUUAUACCAGGGAAAAUGUUUUAUGUCAUUGUCAGAUCAAAUGUUAUUUUGUGCAGAUCAUAGAUUUCCAAUGCAGAAACAUGUACAUAAAAACAAAAAUAUAUUAAAACAAACAAAAUUUUGA